UGACAAUUCUCUCUCUUGACAUGCCCUUUCAAUCCUCGUAUCAGCCAUCAACUGGCCCCCGACUGCUCGAGUCAAUGAUAUUCCGGGCUGCAAUUGCCGAAACAAUUUCCUCCACUUUCCCGAGUAAGGCUGAGUGUCGAUAGGCAGCAAGCUACUCUCCUCCUCCCACCAGAAAGCUCCAGCCCUAAAAUAUGGAAGCAUUGGCCGCCUUCGGGCUGGCAUGUAACGUCAUCCAGGUUGUUGAUGCUUCCUGGAAAGCCUACGAGAUCUACACCCAAUUUCGCGAACGUGGCACGACAGCCAGAGCAGACGAGCUGCGACACAGCGCCCAGCACCUGGUGAAAUGCAACAAGUCCCUUCAGGAUUCGUUGUCAAAUGCUCCAAAGUUCCCGCUCCUACAAAGUGGGGUGGAUCUUAGCGAGUUGAGCAGAAAUUGCAUCCAGUCUGCAGAAGAGCUCGAGAAAGAGCUCGAAAAGAUCAAGGUUGGACCGGGAUCAAGUCGACUUUCCACCUGGGGCAAAACUAUCAAAGCCAAAUGGAAAUCAGAGCGCAUCGAAGCGUUGAAACGCAAAGUCGACGAGUACGCCGGUGUGUUGGACUCCACGAUUCUAGUCCACCUGAGGUAUGUCUCCUACAAGCGGUUGAGCGCACAUCAUCAUUAGAACGCCACCAUUCAUCAAACUAUUCAUAUUUGGCCAGGAAUUAUGACGGCCGCGCGUUUAUGUCUACUGACGGACUCUUCUAGUCAAAAUCUGGGCACUCUGGCAGCGCGACAGACAGACAUCCUGACUCAGCUAGACGACUGGCAGCGGAAAAUCUUUGCAGAGAUCAACGCCGGUAACACUGUGGUUACAAAUCUCAUUAACACAAGUGCCGAAGACGUGAAAGCUCACACGACGCUAGAGCAUAACCUCACCAGGCUUCACAUCGAAACAAAACUUGACGAUUUCUCAGACACUCAGAAAUUACGGGCCAAAUAUGACAGUUUCAUGGAAAGCUUGUAUUUCCCAGCGAUUAACCAGCGACAGGAUAACAUUGAAGACGCACAUGUGAAGACCUUUGAAUGGAUCUUCGACGAAACUGCACAGAGGGAAAGACCAUGGGACAGUUUCCUCGCGUGGACUCAAGAUGAUAAUCCGAUAUAUUGGGUCCUUGGUAAGGCGGGUAGCGGCAAGAGUACUCUGAUGAACUUUCUGGUCCAGGAUGCCCGAACUCGAGCAGCAUUCGAACGUAAAUUCGCCGAUGUACAUCCACUCAUCAUCGCUUUCUUUUUCUGGGAAGCAGGGGUCGAUCUACAGAAGAAUCAAUUGGGCCUUCUGCGUUCUUUAAUCUGGAAAACCCUGGACUCGAUGGAUGCUACUGUCGCAAUUCACAUCUGGUCGAAUAUCCUCCAGAAGGUCUCGCCACCAAUGCCUACUGUUUGGACUCAAAAGCAAUUACUACGUCUUCUUCAGUCGCUGGUCCAAGCUGUACAGAAUCCUAUUUGUCUCUUUCUUGACGGCCUAGACGAAUUUCAAGGGUUAGAGGACCAGUUUGGUGCCUUACGAGAUAUCAUUGGAGUUUUCCGAGUCCGUCAACAGACAAAGAUAUGUAUGUCAAGUCGGCCAUCCACCAGUCUGGAAUCGCUAUAUACGCCCUGCCCAAAACUCAAGCUUCAAGAUCUUACUGAGCCCGAUAUAACGCUGUAUGUCGAAGACAAACUUGUGAAAAGUGUGUCGGCCGAGAAUGCUCCCCGGCUUCCUACUCUGGCAUCACAGGGGAUGUCCAGUCUAAUUGACAAGGUUGUGUACGAGGCGGAAGGUGUUUUCUUAUGGGUUCGCUUGACGGUCGAAUCUCUCAUUCGAGGCAUCAGGAAAGAUGACGACUGGCAGACGUUAAUGAGGCGGCUGGAGCAAAUGCCGCAAGGGAUUUUCAAUCUCUACGAACACAUGUGGAAGCGUUCGGCACUUGAUCACCCUCUCUACGCUAGAGAAGCUGCAGCGUAUCUACAAUUCGUCCGAAAAUUUCCUGGUCAUUCGUUGAUCGAAGUGACGAUUGCCUGCGACGAAAGGAUCCAAGAAAUAUAUCUGGACACACCGGCAAGAUGGGACUUGGGAAGCUUUGGAGAAGGAUUAGAUCGUGAAAGAUUGACAAGAAGAAUCCUCACACGCUGCGCAGGAUUUCUCGAAAUACAUCACCGGGGUCUUGAGGAAAUCGAUGAGGGCAGUGAUGAGGAAAGGGAACAGAGAGUGAAUGAGGAUCAACUUUGGCGGCGUGAACUGGAGAAGACGGACCUCGGGCGACACCCAGGCACCAUCAACAGACUCUUUGAGAUUCAGACAAGUCACCGGAAGUGGUAUGUGUCGUUUCUGCACCGGUCUGCCCUGGAAUAUCUUCAGACCGAGUCAGGCAAGCAAUUGCUCCAAGCCCAACCACUGUCGAAACACGAACUCUUCAUAAGGCAGUCUAAAUCCACUCUUGUUCUGAUCCUACUGGGCGCAAUAGACCUAGGGCCAAACCUGGAAGAAGGGAUGGAAUAUAUUCCAGACCAUUCUCUAUUUCGAGCUUAUCUGGAUACCGAUACCGGAGUCGCCUGUGCAAUGUUUGUGCAGCUGGAGGAAAUACUCACGAAACUCAAAUUCCUGGGGAUUUGGAAGGAAAGGCAAUCAACGAGAAGCGAAGAUCCUUUCCAGGCCGACUCGGAAGAACUGGAUUUUACUAAAGCUUUUCUUCAAUUCGGUCAUCCAGCCUACACCAAGCACAAGCUGGAGACUUCGGGCUUGAUUCAUGACAGAAAUUACUUGACUGGCCUCCUUCGCGCCUGCAUUGGCAACCUGAGGAUAGAAUGCCCUAGGCCCGCCUAUUCAAACGCAAUUCUAUUGCUGGAACUGGGGGCUGAUCCGAAUUCAACGUUAUUUCCAAUCUCCUAUAAGCGUGAUUCAAUGCGCCUCUGGACGAUCUGGACAGUCACUCUCAUAAUUAUGUGGGUGACCAGAAGCUACGAUCUCCAUGCUUCACAGCAACUUCUGUCUGCUUUCCUCAAGGCUGGGGCUGACCCGAAACCAUGGCUUCAAUGUUUGUUUAUCAGAAACUCUGGUUCCUUCGGGCAUGAAAAUACCCUCGAGACCUCGAAAAGGCCAUUCGCGCUGUUGCGGGCCAAGGCAUGUGAUCUUAUCCCGCUCGGUCCAGAAACCUCGAUGGCAGAUCUACUGCGCCAAGAAGGCGCGAUCAGCGAGAAACGAACCUUGGUCGCAUUUGCACCGCCAAACACAUGGUGCACAUUGGCAUCAGAGAACCUUGAAGUGGAUAAUCAGUUUCUACCAGGGACACCGUCCUUUUUCAAGUUCUUCCAGAGCCUUCGACUUUACUACCGGGGAUCUACGUAUGUCGCGCAUGAUCGCGACAAUCCGAGAUUUUUUGACAAUGGAAUCGACGCUCUACGCGCAGCGGGCUUUUCUGACGAAGAAAUCCGAGAGCUUCCAAUCCCGCAGACGAUAUGGGAGGGCCAUGAGAAAGCAAGAGGCGAAAUCCACGAGAUGAACGCUGAGAGAUUUAAUGACUUGCUACGACAAUGGGACUUUGGAAAUGAGUCGGACUCUGAUAGUGCAGAAGAAUGGCACGAGGAGGAUCAGUCAUAGUAAUAGAAAACCGGAAAGUUGAGGAAAUGUGAGUAUGAAUCCGUGAAAAUGUUGUUGAAGCUAUGUGAAGCGGGCCGCUUGUUUCAACAGUUUUGGUCAGAC